AUGGGCAGAAACAAAGAAGAAGAAGAAGAAGAAAACACCAAACUGAGGACUCCACUCAAAAAAAUCUCCUUAUGCAUAGUAUUAGCCAUCAUAAUAAUGCUUCUCAUCAUCGUUAUUGUUCUUGUUCUUCAUUUUCAUCAUCAUCAUCACGGCUCGAAUGCGGUCAAUACAAACUGCGAUUUCUUCCAUGGAAAAUGGGUUUAUGAUGAAUCAUAUCCCAUGUAUGAUUCCGCCGUUUGUCCCUUCAUCGAGAAAGAAUUCAAUUGCCUGAGAAACGGCCGGCCGGACCGGAGGUACCUUAAAUACCGGUGGCAACCCCUUGGCUGCGACCUGGCCAGUUUCGACGGGCAAGAUUUAUUGGAAAAAUAUAAAGGAAAGAAUAUUUUAUUUUCGGGAGAUUCCCUAACUCGAGACCAGUAUAUGUCAUUUGUUUGUUUACUCUACACAAGCGUACCCGGGAUCAACUACAACAUGUCCAGAGUUGGCUUAAUCUCCACAUUUUUACUUCCGGACUAUGGAAUCAAAGUGGUUCUAGACAGAAAUGUGUUUUUGGUAGAUCUUGUACCCACAAAAGUUGGUAUGGUGCUAAAAUUAGACUCGGUUGCUCAGAGUGAACCUCUGUGGCUAAACAAUGACAUGCUCGUUUUCAACACUUUGCACUGGUGGUCCUAUCGAGGAGCUCAACAACCAUGGAAGUAUAUUCAAAUUGGGGAAACUAUAUUGAAAGAUAUGGAUCGGAUGGUUGCGUUAGAGACAGGACUGAAUACAUGGGCUAAUUGGGUUGAUAAAAACGUUGAUCCUUCCAAAACCAUAGUUUUCUUCCAAGGGGCUUCUCCAUCUCAUUACCAUGGGAGUGAAUGGAAUGAACCGAGCAUGACAAACUGUGCCGGACUGAUGGAGCCGCUGCUCGGGUCAUCAUAUCCGGGUGGAUCGCCGCCGGCGUUGGCCGUGCAGAAGAAAGUGGUGAGCAGUAUGAGUGUGCCGGUUAAAUUUCUGGACAUAACAUUGCUUUCUCAGCUUCGAGUUGAUGCUCAUCCUUCACAUUAUGGUGCCGGAGUAGCAGGGACGAGCUGUAACUUCUUCAAAGGCAGCUGGGUUCUGGAUUCCUCGUACCCUCUUUACAACUCCACUACUUGUCCCUUUGUACAGAAAGAGUUCAACUGCUUCAAGAAUGGCCGCCCCGACCAGAUUUACCUGCAUUAUCGCUGGCAGCCUCUUGACUGCCAGCUCUCCAGAUUUGACGGUCGUGGAUUCUUGCAGAAAUUCAAGGGGAAAAGCAUAAUGUUUGUGGGCGAUUCGUUGAGCCGAAACAUGUGGCAGUCACUCAUUUGUCUGCUCUACACUUCUCUUGAAGGGAGGACCAAAGUCAAUGAGACCAUUGUCGGAGGUGAUCUCUCCAUCUUCACCUUCCAUGAAUUUGGUGUGAAGAUAAUGCUGGAGCGAAAUGUGUACUUGGUUGAUGUCGUAAUGGAAAAAACUGGUAGAAUACUAGAACUAGACUCCAUUGAGAGUGGAAAGCUGUGGAAAGGUGUGGACGUAGUCAUUUUUAACACUUGGCAUUGGUGGAGCCGCAGAGGCGAAGGACAGCCAUGGGAUUACAUUAGAGUUGGAAACCAAACAUUCAAAGACAUGAACCGGUUGACGGCAUUUGAGCUCGCACUCCACACUUGGGCUAAGUGGGUAGAUGACAACAUUGACCCUGCCAAAACUACUGUCUUUUUCCAAGGAAUUUCCCCCUCACAUUACAAUGGGAGUGAUUGGCAUGACCCAAGUGCAAAAACUUGCUUGGGAGAGAGACAGCCAAUUAAGGGGACAACAUAUCCAGUGUUGCUAAUUAUAUGUCUUCAUCAAUCGUCCAAUGCCAUAUUAGUGGAGCAUUUUCUUAGUCCCAAAGAUCAAUCAUCUCAAUCAUUUAUUGGUUGUGAUAUCUUCAAUGGAAGAUGGAAUUAUGAUGACACAUAUCCUCUUUACCAUGCCUCUUCUUGUCCCUUCAUCGAGAAAUCUUUCGAUUGCGAAGGAAAUGGCCGCCCUGACCACCAAUAUCUCAAGUACAGAUGGAAGCCAAAUGGAUGUGAUUUGCCAAAGUUCAGUGGUCUGAAUUUCUUGAAAAUGUUCAAAGGGAAGAAGAUAUUGUUCGUAGGGGAUUCACUGAGCCUUAAUCAAUGGCAAUCCCUUACUUGCAUGUUACAUGCAGCAUUACCUCAAUCAAAGUUCACUACCCAAAAGAAAGGCGACCUCUCAACACUUACUUUCCCGGAGUACGAGGUAUCUUUGAUGCUAUCAAGAAAUGCAUUUUUGGUGGACUUGGUUCAAGAGAAAAAGGGCAGAGUUUUGAAGCUUAACUCCAUCCAAAAUGGAGAUGCAUGGAUAGGAUAUGACAUGCUCAUCUUCAAUACUUGGCAUUGGUGGCUCCAUAAAGGAAGAUUGAAAUCGUGGGAUUACAUUCAAGAUGGAAACAAACUAUACAGGGAUAUGGAUCGCUUGGUUGCAUUUGGGAAGGGAUUAAGAACUUGGGCCAAAUGGGUUGACUCUAACAUCAACUCUUCAAAAACCCAAGUCUUUUUCCAAGGCAUCUCUCCUACCCAUUACAAUGGGAAGGAAUGGAAUCCUUCAACAGCAAAAUCAUGCAUUGGCGAGACUCAGCCGAUCAUGGACUCGUCCUAUCCCGGCGGAUCACUUCCCGCGGUCGGUGUAGUGAAGGGAAUGCUGGCUAACAUGUCGACGCCGGUGACUUUGUUAGACAUAACCACGCUUUCACAGCUAAGAAAAGAUGGACAUCCUUCACUUUAUGAUUCUGCAGAUGCCAAUCAUCAAGGAAAUGAUUGUAGUCAUUGGUGUCUUGCUGGUGUUCCAGAUACCUGGAAUGAGAUAUUGUAUGGUAUCCUUGUUGCCAAUAACCAAACCAUGUAG